GCAUGCUUUUGUUUAUGACCAGACUAGUACAGUAAUCCGACUGUUACACCUGAACAGUGCAAGCUCACACCUGAUUUAAAAUUUUCUUUGGCUUUAUUUCAACAUGCGAGAGUGUAUAUCAAUACACAUUGGACAAGCAGGUGUUCAAAUGGGUAAUGCCUGUUGGGAACUUUAUUGUCUUGAGCAUGGUAUAUCAAAUGAUGGAACACCAAUUGACACUGAAUCUGAUGGUAAAACUGAUGAUUCAUUUAAUACAUUUUUUGCUGAAAGUGAUACAGGAAAACAUGUACCACGUGCUGUAUAUGUAGAUCUUGAACCUACUGUAAUAGAUGAAAUCAGAACAGGAACAUAUCGUGGAUUAUUUCAUCCAGAACAAUUGAUAACUGGUAAAGAAGAUGCAGCAAAUAAUUAUGCACGUGGUCAUUAUACAAUUGGAAAAGAUAUUGUUGAUAUUACAAUGGAUAGAAUUCGUAAAACAACAGAAGUAUGCAAAGGCCUUCAGGGUUUUUUGAUAUUUCAUUCAUUUGGAGGUGGUACUGGAUCAGGAUUUUCAAGUCUUUUAAUGGAACAACUCACUGCUGAGUAUCCUAAAAAAAGUAAACUUACUUUUAGUAUUUAUCCAGCACCACAGGUAUCUACUGCUGUUGUUGAACCAUACAAUGCUAUUCUUCAUACACAUCCUACUCUUGAACAUUGUGAUGUUGCAUUCAUCGUUGAUAAUGAAGCAAUUUAUGAUAUAUGUAGACGACAUUUGAGUAUUGAUAGACCAUCAUAUAAAAAUUUAAAUCGACUUAUUGGUCAAAUUGUUUCUUCAAUAACAGCAAGUCUUCGUUUUGAUGGAGCAUUAAAUGUUGAUUUAAAUGAAUUUCAAACAAAUUUAGUACCAUAUCCCAGGAUACAUUUUCCCUUGGUUACUUAUGCACCAGUAUUAUCAUCUGACAAAUCUGGAUAUGAAAAAUCAUCAUGUAUGGAUAUAACAGCUGCAUGUUUUGAGCCAAAUCAUCAAAUGGUUAAUUGUGAUCCAAGAAAAGGUAAAUACAUGGCAGUAUGUAUGCUUUACAGAGGUGAUGUUGUUCCUAAAGAUGUUAAUGCAGCAAUUUCCAUGAUUAAAAAACAAAAACAUAUUCAAUUUGUUGAAUGGAGUCCAACUGGUUUUAAGGUAGGUAUAAAUUAUCAACCACCAACAGUAGUUCCAGGUGGUGAUUUAGCAAAAACUGACAGAGCAGUUUGUUGCUUGAGUAAUACAACAGCAAUUGUCGAAGCCUGGGGAAGACUUGAUCAUAAAUUUGAUCUUAUGUAUUCAAAAAGAGCAUUUGUUCAUUGGUUCGUUGGUGAAGGAAUGGAAGAGGGAGAAUUUGCUGAAGCAAGAGAGGAUCUUGCUGCAUUAGAACUUGAUUAUCGUGAGGUCCAAGAAGACGCUGUUAAUACAGACGAAGAUGAACAGUAAAUUUUUCAUAAAUUAAUAUGCUCAAAUGACAAAGUAAACUUCAAUAAAAUUGAUAAAUUAUUUUAAAUAUUAUUUAUCAUUUUCUACACUUUAAAAUAAUUAUUCUAUAAACUUAUAGCAACGUGAAAUUGAAUUUUAAAAUUAUCACAAUUUUAAUUUGUGAUUUUAAAUAAUAUAAUUAAUAUUAAUUAAUUAAAAUUUUUAUUUGUAAAUAAUUAAUUAAUUAUGUGAAAAUUAAAUUUAUUUAAAAACAGA